CGCACAUACUGCACGCACGGGGAUAUUUAUAACUAACUCUUCCUCCCCUUUUUAUUUUUUACUUCUUUUUCUUCAAGUAACCCCACUCCAACCUUAUACACGCUCUACUACCCACUAACACUCGCUGCAGAGAAUAGAUGUCCUUACGCGAUCGAUUUUUCGCUGAUCCGUUUACUGUUGAGGACGACGGGGAGGAACACGACGACAGCAAGUUAAAGCAGCCACCUGCCACUCGCAAAGAGCUAUGGUCAUACUAUCUCUAUUACAACGGUGACAACGGGUACACCAUGUUCAGUUACAUACCCAACAUCCUGCAAUACCUGGCAUAUCGCGGCGGGUUCAACCCAGAAACACCAGACGUACGCGGAUGUGAUCUGCAAAACACGAUGGCUCCUUGCAACGUAUCGUGGAUCGGCGGCUCGUCCGUGCCAGUGUCGUCAAUGAUGCUGUAUGUCCAGGCAAUCUCGUUCUCGAUCCAGUUCUUGCUGUUCACGACGUUUGGCAGCUUGGCCGACUAUGGACGGUGGAAUCGGUACAUUCUACUGCUGGCCACAGUGAUUGGUUGUGCCUCGCAAAUCUUGCCGAUUGUCCUGGUCAACGAUGACGGCUCAGGGUGGGGUGGCAUGAUGGCUAUUAAUAUCGUGGCGCUGAUCUCUUACGGCACGUCGCUGGUAUUUUAUGCAGCUGCGUUUCCUGUACUUAGUGACAAUUUGCCGGCUGUCCGUCACGCCAUCACCGACCCAAAGUUGACUCAGGAACAAAUGCUGAAAGUCAGCGAGAAAUGGCGAAACCAUAUCUCGGCAUGGUCAACCACAUUCUCCAACAUUGGCUUUUUGAUCAUGACAGGUGUGCUGUCGGGGGCAUCGUUUUAUCCGUGGACCAAUGGCGAUGUUUUGGGCAACGAUCCUUUGUACAACUUUAUCGGCACCGUUGUCUGUGGCGGCUACUGGGCACUUAAUGCGUUGCCUUACUUUAUGUUCCAACCUCGCGGUCGAUCUGGUCCUCCGCUUCCUGACAGCGCCAACCAUAUAACGAUUGGCUGGAAGUCUAUUUUUACUGCACUCAAAGAAAUCCGCAAACUCAAAUAUCUGUUCUUGUACAUUUUCUCCUACUUUAUGUUUUCCGAUGCAGUCAGCACGACAAAUCAGAUGAUUGCUAUAUUGCAGGGCGAAAUCACCCAGUUUUCCGCUCAACAAAUCACCAUCAUGAACUUGGCUUCUGCCAUCACUUCCAUCAUCGGCUGUCUCGGCUUCCUUUGGGUCUCAAAGACCUUUGGUGUUCGUACAAAGACCAACUUGUUGAUCAUCUUGUUCUUGUCUGGCCUGGUCUCGGUUUGGGGUUGCUUUGGUAUCGGUCUGGAUAACUUUGGCAUCAAGAAUACAUGGGAGCUGUGGGUGUUUUACGUUUGGACAGGCUUGUUCACUGCACCUAUUUGGGCCUGGCAACAGACCAUGCUGGCAGAACUCGUGCCCAAAGGAAAAGAAAACCUGUUUUUUGGUUUGUUUGGCGUCGUUAACAAGGCUUCUUCAUGGAUCGGACCGGUCGUCAUUGGUGCCAUCACCGAACACACAUCUAGUCUGUGGAAAGGAUGGCCAUUUGUACUCGCACUAUUUUUCAUAGCCUUUGUGCUCGUCUGUUUCAUCGAUGUUGAAAAGGCAAAGAAACAAGUCGAAGAGUAUCAAAAGGCGCAUCCCAUGCCCGAUUAUGGCAAUGUCUACGGCAGCCACCACAAUGGUGAUGCUAACCACAGCAUGCUGGAAAAUGCGUCGUUACCAGCAGAAGAUUCUGUAAAGUAUACUGUGUAGUAAUAAGUAACAAUGCAAUUUUUUGAUUUGAUGUAGUAUAUAUCAGUAAUUCCCUGUUUCUUUUUUCCCUUUUCUUCUCCUCCAUGUAUUACAUCUGUUGUUGUAUCUUCUUUCGCUUUUUGUUCUGACCUAAUAUCAUUAAAGCCUUUAUUUUUUGGAAAUGGUAAAUGUAACUAAUCAAUGGAUCAUAACAUUGCUUAUAUAAAAUGAUGAUUAUACCUAGUAGAUACUUGUUGUAAGAAUCUUUGGCGCUUAAUCUUGCUCUUUGCAAUAGACUAAAACUGCUCUAUCGUGUUGACCUCAGGAGAAUGAAAAGGAAAA